UUUCUUGGUCGGGGGCUCCGUCAACCCAACUGAUCCCAGAAAACAGGGCUUUUGUGUCUUUGGGGAAAUUAUGGCUCUCGCUGCAGGAGUGCGUGGGCCCUUUUUACUGAUUUUGUUGGAGAUAACCAUCAUUUGCACGGCACAGAGGGCUGGAGCCGGCCCUCCUGGUCCUCCCGGUGUGCCUGGAAUAGACGGUAUUGAUGGCGAGAGAGGUGACCCCGGUGAAGAUGGUUCGGCUGGUCCUGAUGGAGAUCUUGGAAAACCAGGUUCUGCUGGACUUCCUGGAUUACCUGGAGCUGAUGGAUUGACUGGCCCCAUAGGAGAACUAGGCCUCGAUGGCCCCCCAGGACAAAAGGGAGAACCUGGCAAACCUGGACCCAGAGGAGGGGCGGGUGUUGGACCUGAUGGACCAAUUGGACAACCAGGACCAGGAGGACUUCCGGGUGAGCAGGGAAAAGUAGGACUCCCUGGAGCCAUGGGUGUGAGAGGGCCACAGGGACCCCGUGGACCAACAGGCCCCCGUGGUGCUGCAGGGAUGCUGGGUGGAACAAUGGAACUGUGCUCUAACGCAUGCCCACCUGGUGCUCCUGGUCAUCCUGGCUUGCCUGGAAUGAAGGGUCAUAAAGGGGUGAAAGGAGAAGCUGGAGAGCCUGGAAAACAAGGACACAAGGGAGAGGAGGGAGAUCAGGGGGCAAUUGGAGAGGUCGGAGCUCAAGGCCCAAAUGGAUCGCAGGGAAUUCGAGGUGCCACUGGUAUGAUUGGCUCCAAAGGAGAAACGGGGCCUCGAGGUGUUGAUGGGGACCCUGGACCUCAGGGUGUUGCAGGAGCCAUGGGGGAUCGAGGCCAAAGAGGAGUAAUGGGAGAAACUGGCCCUAAAGGCGAACAGGGACCUCAAGGGACAAGAGGCAACACUGGUCUUCCAGGGCCAAAGGGAGACAGUGGUUUUCCAGGUGUGGAUGGACGUGAGGGAAUCCCUGGCAUGCCAGGUGCCAAGGGUGCUGCCGGAAAACCUGGAAGCCCUGGGGAAGUUGGACUUCAAGGACUCCCUGGUUUACCAGGAAGCCCAGGACCAAAAGGUGGAGGUGGAGAGAAGGGUAAUUCAGGACAACCGGGCCUCAUCGGUACUAUGGGAUCUGCAGGUAAACCGGGUGAACGUGGAGAACAAGGAGAAUUUGGACCCAUUGGGCCUAUUGGACAACCUGGAGACCGAGGAGAGCAUGGGCCACCUGGGCCGAUGGGAAAACCAGGAGCCAGAGGUCCUAAAGGUGACUUGGGCUUGCCUGGACUUCCUGGACCACCGGGCCUGCCAGGAAUAAAAGGAGAUAGGGGUGGAGCAGGAGAACCUGGACCAAAGGGAGAACAGGGCGCUCAAGGUGACGAGGGAACACCAGGAGACAAGGGAGAUGUUGGUGACCCUGGCCAAUCUGGAGCUAAAGGCGAAGUUGGUAACCAGGGGGAUCCGGGUAAUAGAGGACCAGAGGGUGCCCGUGGGCAGCCUGGCAUUGAGGGGCCUCCUGGUAGUCCUGGACCACGUGGCAUGCAGGGGAACAGAGGAGCUCCAGGACCUCGUGGCACCCAGGGACCAGCGGGUAAAGAACCAAGUGAUCAACACAUCAGACAAGUGUGCAUGCGCGUUAUGCAGGAGCAGCUGGCCCAGUUGGCUGCCAGUCUGAGGAGACCAGAGUCUGGAGCGGUCGGACUGCCAGGCAGACCUGGUCCCCCUGGUCCUCCCGGACCCUCAGGUGACAGCGGCUUCCCUGGGCAUGCUGGUGCAAGAGGACUCCCGGGACUCAAAGGGCCUCUGGGACUUUUGGGUCUCAAGGGGCCGAAAGGUGAGAUGGGAGACAGAGGGGACAGGGGACCUACAAGUCGGGGACCCAAAGGCAUGCCGGGACCUCCUGGACUACCAGGUGAACCUGGAAAACCAGGAUACGGUCAAGAUGGGCGUGAUGGAGAACGGGGUCCACCUGGUGCCCCGGGUCAGCCAGGCGUUCCUGGACCUCCUGGUUCAGCAGGACCACCCGGUUACUGCGAUCCUUCGGCCUGUAAUCUGAGCGCAGGUGCCGCCCACCAGUCCCUCAAAGACUCUAGCAUGAAGGGACCAGGCGGAAACUAAGAACCUCACUGCAUAGACAUUCAUAGACUUAAGACAUUCAGAGAGACUCUGCGAAGAGCACAAAACGUCAUCGCCUUUGCAGAUAGUUUUAUAGCUGUAAUGCCUAAAACACUUUACCAGCUUCCUGUGUACAGAAAAUGGCAACAUUUCUUGAUCCAAACAAAAUAUAUAUUUUUUGCCCACCUCAAGUUAUCUGCUGGUGCAAAUGAGCUUUCACAGAACUUAUUGUCCAUCUAAUGUUCUCCUGAAAGCCAUUUCCUGUAGACUUUAGAAAUGUUUUUUUUUUCUCAGCUUAUACUAAAUCUGAUCUAGGAAGUCAACAAACAUCAGUGUGACCUUCAGACCGGAGGCCUUUUUAAUUUCUGUGUGCCAAAGAUAAACCUGCCAGAAAUAUUGACGUGCUGGAAGUUCAUAACCGAAACGGCUGCCAGAGACCUGCUGUCAGAAACAAAAAGGAGAGAGGAUAUAUAUAUAGAUAUGCUGCAAUGUAUUCUGUACAUCUAUGUAAAUGAUUUAAAUGUGGUUUUGUAAGAAAUUCACUUCCCCUGCUAAAUAACAUUGGUGUGAUUUAUUGUUCCAGGAUUGUUGAUGCAUGACGUAAUACACACAAGAGAAAUGCAGAGGUGUCGUUUCAUGGUAUUUCUAUUUAUUUUACAUAGGUGUUCGAUGACGAUUAAGUUUGUACAGAGAUCCAAGGGAAACACAUUUGAAUAAAUGUGAUGUUUUUAUAUGAAUUCAAAAUAAAUGUAGGUCUCAAACAUUCUUAUGCCUUUUCCCCUUUCAAGUAACACUUCCUUGUUGAAUAGCCCGGCUGCACUUAUCACAGCUUUUUCCACACUCUUUCUCACUUAAAUAACUCAUUACAUGCCAGUGCAAAAAUGUUGGCACAAACACAUUUCGAUUGCUCUUUCAGUGUAGAUGCUCAUUUAGAGAUGCAGGCAAACCAAAGUCAGCAAUAAUCAGAAACGAAAUCAAGCGAGGGAGAUGUUAAGUAAGAAUUACAUAAAAUGUCAUUCACUUCAAUUAAAACUUAAAACAUCA